CCAAAAGCAGGUCUGACGCCUGGAGAAUACGCGCCACAACUGAUCAACAACGUACGUGAUCGACUGGGUUAGUAAAGUUUAAUAAUCAGUUUCCUUCAGUCAGAAAAUUAAAUAUGCAAAAUAUUGAAUUAAGACUGUUUCCUGCAGGUUGCUAAAAAAGAAGAAAAAGAAGAAGAAACAGAAAGACGUAGAUGAUUCAGAGUGAUGACGGCAAGUCAACAGAAAACUGUUCAGAUAGUGACAGCUGAGAGAGAGAGAGAGAGGAGAUGACAUCCAGCAAGUGGCCCCAGACGGGAAUCCAACUCAAGCUGCUGCGGUGAAGACUCAGCCUUAACACAUAAUCACUUUCUACCAGGAAAACACGAGUUAAAACACAAAAACCAUCACUUACCUGCUGAAUAAAGCAUCCAAAAUGGGAAAUGUACCAUCAGAAAGUAACAUGGGCAACUUCCUGAGAUGCUGCAAGUGUGGGAAAGUCCUGCCACCAUGUCAUUCCUUUGAUAAUUUAUACCAAGAUUAUGUUCAUGGGCAGCAUGUGCAUGUUUUUAACGGAGGCGAAUACUACAGACCAGUGAACAGUAGUGUUGAUAGUAAUAUGUACGAGUGUGAAUACUGUUUCAAUAAAUGGGCAAGGGAACAGGAGGAAAUGAGGAGAGAAGAGGAGAGGAGGAGAGAAGAGGAGAGGUGGAGAGAAGAGGAGAGGAGGAGAGAAGAGGAGAGGAGGAGAGAAGAGGAGAGGAGGAGAGAAGAGGAAAGGAGGAGAGAAGAGGAGAGGAGGAGAGAAGAGGAGAGGAGGAGAGAAGAGGAGAGGAAGAGAGAAGAGGAGAGGAAGAGAGAAGAGGAGAGGAGGAUAGAAGAACUAAAUCAAAGACUGACAGAAUCGCAGCAGCGAGCUGAACAGCAGCUGGAGAAACAACAGAGCAGCGACAUUUCGGAAGACCUUGAGUCCAGACAUGAUGUUCUUAUAACACAUCUGGAUGAGUUUGAGGUGAACCAUGAACCAGACAGUGACAGUGAUGAGCUUCUAGAAAUCCUCUCUGUGAAAUGCAGCAUCCCAGUUCCAGAUCUGUGUCUGACUCGGCUGACAGCUGAUCAGCUCGGGAACAUCCUGUCAGUCCUGGACAAACUUCUGUUUGAUGAAUGGAUGAGUGCUCGCCCAUCCCUCAGCACUCUGCAGCACACUCAGGUGUUCAUCACAGAGCUGUGUCUUCUGUCUGCGGAGAUAUCUCAGGGAGUUUCCCUACAAAACAUCUCCGAUCAUGUGCCAUCCCUGGUGGAGUCAAUCAGCCAAUCAGCAGUUGAUGUUGUUGAGAGCUUCCUGCUGACUCAAGCCCUGUAUCUAAACCUCAUGCACUCCUUCACUGACUGUGGCCGCAGUGAUACUGACGCAGUCCUCAUUGCUAAGCAGUGGGCUGAAGAUGAGCUUUCCACCGAGCAAGUCUUUCUGAUUGACUUCCUGGGCACCCUCACAUCAUCGCUGCAGAGUACAGUUGGAAAAGCCACUGUGUUCAUUUUAAAGAUGGAGAUCCAAUGCUUAAAGCUUCUCUUAUCCACACUGAAUCAUCUAAAUGAAACCCACACAUCAUCCACUGAAAUGAUCCUCCGACUGGUGCAAACUAACCAAUGGACCCCAACGGAAGCAAUUGCUCUGCUCAAAGCUCUGUCACGGAAACACGCAGAGGAUGUUUCAAUAACUAAAGUCCUCACGUUGAUACACGUGUAUGAUUUAUCACCAGAGUGGACAGAUGAGUCCGGACUCUCUCUCAUCCAGGCCCUAGAGUCUGCGUGCCCUGAGAAAUUCUAUCAGGAUCUCCAAAAGACUCUCAGGAGGAAAGAUGAGAGCAGUCUGGCUGCAAAUCUGGCAGAAUUAAAAGUGUCAUUGAAUUUGGAUGAUUCUGUGAUUGAUGUGAUCAGGAACAUCACCACUGGUGUCCUGCAAAACUCAGAAAAUGCACCAAAAGAUGCACCAUCAAUGAAUGAGUCCCUUGCAUGUGAAACGCUCAAUGCAGACGACUUACAGAACUUACUGUCUCAGCUCUGCAAAGCAGUUUUUGACACGAAAGGCUGGAUGCCCACAGUGAAGCAGAUGCUGCAGUGGUGUGCGUUGGUGCUGACCCAGAAGACUGAAGCGCCUCAGCUGGUUGGUGUGGAAGAAGACCCAUGUGUCACAGCCAUGUUUGCCGCCACCCAAGUCCGCAUGGGAAACAAACUGGACAUCGUGCUCAGCUCUGACGUUCACUUGGAGGAGUGGACUCAGGAGUGGUCCGACUUCUACAAGCACCUUGGAAUAUCUGUCAAUACAAACAUGAAGACAACCGAUGCAUCAUACAGGGAUGUCUAUAAAGCAGACAUUGUGUACGGUGCCAUGGAAGACUUUGUGUCUGAUUACUUUCAACACGGCAUGGAGGUAAUGGAAACAGGAAACCCUCAGCUUGGUCGUGGAUUCAUCAUUCCAAGAAAGAGUCUCAGUGCUUUCAAGAAUUUGAAACUUUCACAGCUCAACGACAAAGACUCCCUGGUGUCUGCUGCAGAGGUCCUGCAAAGUCUCCUGGCAAAGUUUCACAGUGAAGAUAUUAAAAUGAGACGCAGGUUUAUUAAGGCUCUAUUUGAGGUGCUCCACACAAACCUCAGCAAACACACAACCACUGACAAUAAAAUCAGCACCAUCUCAAAGAAAAUCAAUGGAAGGACUUUGUCGUCCACUGAGGUCUUUAUUCUGUCCUUUGUUGAGACUCUCCUCAGAGUGGUAACGGAAGAAACAGAUAGUGAAGAAAACGGGACAUCAUCUGCAGGAAACUUGUGUUUGGAGGUUUUACUCGCCUGUGUGGAGAAAUUCCAAACCUCAGAGGAGCAAACCAAUGAACUCUUCGACAUGGUUUUAAAUCUCAGAGAGCAAAGACUUUGGUCACCAGUUGAGUCCAUAGACCUCCUCGGAGCAUUGAUUGACCAUCAUCAUGAUGAAGGCUGUAUUUCCAUCAGGAAGAUUUUACAUUUGAUGGCGACAUAUCAGGUUUCUUCCAAGUGGACAGAUGAAAACAACCAAUCGCUACUCACGCUCUUAGAGACAUCUGUAUCUGAAAAUCUGAUCCAGCAUUUAGAAAAGAGCCUUACAGGUGAGAAAACAAAAAGUAUUGAAACUGUUUUUGAUGAACUACGGCAGAUGAAAGACAUUGAUGAACAAACACUGAGUAAAUCAUGCAGUGUAGUCACUCAUGUGACAAACCUGAUCAAAACCGGGGAAAUCAAAAAUCACACAGAUGUGCAGCAAGCAAGGAAACGGAGUUGCAGCGUGGACACAGAAGACCUUCAAGAGUUGCUGGCAGUCUUAUGUAAUGCUGUGCACCUGCAGAGGGCUGAAGGGAAGUGGUGGCCUCGAGACACUCAGAUGAUCAGCUGGUGCCUCUUGGCCCUGUCUGACACAGGGAAGCUGCUGGAAAUGGGCACUGGUGAAGGGAAGUCCUGUGUCAUAGCGAUGUUCGCGGCACUGCGAGUGCUUCGAGGUGAGAAAGUGGAUGUGGUGUCCAGCUCUUCUGUGUUAUGUCAAAGAGAUGCAGAAGAAUGGCGAAACUUCUACAAGUUCUUUGGAAUAACGGCUGACACAAACACAAAUAAAACCAAAGACGAGGACAGAAAAGAAUGCUACCAGAAGGACGUGGUCUAUGGAACUAUUGAGGCCUUUGCUGCAGAUCACCUACGGCAGACAUUUGAGAUGAAGAAUGUGAGGCCUGAUCGCAGCUAUCAGUGCAUCAUUAUAGAUGAAGUGGACUCACUGCUGCUGGAUCAGGGAGUGCAGAUGACCUACCUGUCCAGCCCCAUGGUCUCCAUGCAGCACCUGAACACUAUUCUGGCCAUGAUCUGGGGCCACGUCAGCCAGUAUGGUUUCCUGUCUGCAGGAAAAAAGACACUUAUCCGUUGCCCUGGUGCCUCCUUCUUCAAGGCUAUCUUCGACUCAAUGAACACAGAAGAAUCUGAAAUUAAUGAUCCAUUAGACAUCUUACGUAUUGCUGAGGAAUGCAACAUUGUGCCAGAAGGAUUCAUAGAGGAUAUCAGCAAAAGUGGAAAGGAUGAACUUCUUAGGAAACUGCGAACUGUGAGUCAGGAUGCUAUGGUAGAUUUUUUCCCAAAACUUGAGGACUAUGUCCCGUACGGGUUUACCGUUUACACUUUGGAUGACAAGGGAAUGCUCUGUCUUCAAAGACGCAGCUCGUACAACAACCAGGACAUCCCAGAGCUAUCGUUUCUUGUCUUAGGGGAAGGCUUGUGUUGUCCUCUCUAUGAUUCGGAAGAAACUCUCAUCAAGCCCAUCGCACAAAUAACCUCAGAGAAGAUUCAGUACACCCCGUGUACCAGCAGUAAAGACAAAAUCAGCAUCCCUGGAUUCCUUAAGAAUUUGGUGGAGAAGAAAGUGUCAGUGUGGAUUCAGAAUGCCUUUCUGGCAUUACAGCUGAAGGAAGGACGGGAUUAUGUUGUCGAAAACGACAAUGUCUGUCCAGUGGAUUUCAAAUCCACUGGUAUCAUAGAAGUGAAUAAGAAAUGGGGCGAUGGCUUGCAGCAAUUUGUUGAGAUUAAGCAUCAGAUAAAACUGAGCACGAUGUCACCAGUGACGAACUACAUUUCAAACAUCGCCUUUUUCAAAAAGUACCACGGGAAAAUAUACGGAACAACAGGGACACUUGGGAGUCAAACAGACAUCCUCUUUUUGCAGGACCUGUAUCCAAGUCUCUCAGCCUGCAAAAUGCCAACAUUCAACAGGAAGAAGCUGUUUGAGGUGAAAGGGACGGUGAAGACAUCAGCUGAGGAGUGGAAAUCUGAAAUAAAACGAGCGACUCUGGCGCAGAUUUCCCCAAACUCAUACAGAGGUGGAAGAGCCGCCCUGGUGAUCUGUGAAACCAUUAACAAAGCCAAAGAGAUCUACGAGGAGCUGGAAAGCAGCAUCCCGGGUGGAAUCAGUCUCUACUGCCGCAGUGACAAAGAAAGUUUGAGCAAGGUAGAUAAAGAACUGCUUCCUGGCGAUGUCAUUGUUGCCACAAACCUUGCUGGGCGUGGCACAGACAUUAAAGUGUCCAAACAGGUGAACAAUAACGGAGGCUUAUUUGUGAUCCUCUCUUUCCUCUCUGAAAACACAAGGGUCGAGCUCCAGGCUUUUGGUCGAACAGCACGCAAAGGUAAACCUGGAUCUGCUCAGAUAAUCAUGUCCACUGAACACCUGCAGCCAUCCUUUAGGGCAGUGUCUUCUCUGGAGGAGGCGAAGAGCACCAGGGACAGACUUUCAGCAGAAAAGAUUAAGCACAUGAUGGAUGAUGUUGCUGAGAUGAAACUGCGGGAGGAUCUCUUUUCAGAGUACCUCAAAACUCUUCAAGAGAUUCAUCAGAAUGUAGCUGAAGACGAGAAAAGAGCUGUUGUUGCUGUCAUGAAUGAGUUCUGGGGGAUUUGGUUGCAAGGGAAAUCAGAAGAAAUUGACCAGUUGAGGACAACUGAAUUGCAAAAGAGUUUGAAAGAUGAUCUGUCAUUGGCAAAAAAUCAGUCUCGACAUCAGACUUCACCAUGUUCUAGCAUCUAUCACUACAUCAAGUUUGGAAAUAUCGCACUGAAAGACAAAAAAUGGGACCUGAGCGCCAAGCUCUUCGAAAAAGCCAUAGAACAAGAUGAAAAUUGGGCAGCAAUAGCUUUUUACAAUCAUGCACACUGCACUAUACAGCAGCAGAGUGCAGAUUACCUCAACAAGGCCAAAGCUGAUCUUUUGAAGGCACAGGAGUCUCUCAAGUAUCCCAGUGAGGAAUACAUGGUUUGUCUGCAGUUGGUGAAAAUGCCUUCUGCAAACUCAGCCAACAGUGACCUGACCAGCCUUGAGAAACAGUUAACAAACAAGUGCACCAUGUUGAAAUACUUGGACCAAAACAUCAAUGAGGCAAUCCAAAAGCUGACAGAAAUGAAGGAAGAAGGAAAAGAUGCAAUAGCCAAAAAAGCACCAGUGUUCUCCCUGUUGCGUAAUGGUGGUGAAGAUCUCCAAGUGGAAGCUGAAAACCUCUACAGUCAAGGUCUGAUAUAUGUGUUUUCAGUCCAAAAAAAGCCUCGAUUCUCAUGGGAAGGUCUUCUGGUAUUCUUCCUUGGAAUUUUACAGAUUGUUGGAGGAGCAUUGCUCACUGCAUUUACAUUCGGCACAUUUGCCCAAGUCGGCAUGGCACUCAUCACAGAGGGAAUAUCAGACUGCAUCACUGGCAUCGAGGCCAUGGUGACAGGAGAAUUCAGCUGGAAGUCGUGGGCUAUAGAAAAAGCAGUUUCCAUUGGUGUUUCUCUCAUUGGGUUCGGAGUUGGUAAGCUGAUCGCAAAGGGCUUCAAAGCUUGUAAGAUGUCAUUGAAGGCACUUGGCAAACAACUGAAAGCAAUGCCAAAGUUUCUCUCUAGUCAGGUUAAACAGGGUUUGAGUUCCGUCGCAACCACCAAUAUGAAGAAUGUGGUAAAACACACAGCUAAAAAAAUGGUUGAGGAAAUCAUAACCUAUGGACUUGGAAAGGCAGAAGGGGAAAUCUUGACAGAAAUACUAAACAUGAUCAAAAAUGAUGUGAAAAGGGGAAUAGCAACUCAUGUGAAAUCCAACAUGGAAAAGGAGCCCUUGUCUACAUUAGUAGAUGACAUCAUCCUCUCACAUCUCGAGGAUAAAAAACAACAGCAUGACCUCCUGCGGGACAAGAAGAGAAGGAGUGACCUGUUGGCCAUCUUCAAAAAGUUAAGCAAGUCUUCCUUUCAACCUUUCUACGAAGACCUCGCCUGGCAGAACAAGCUCAACAAGUCCUUCAUCACAGUGAUUAACAGAGCUAAAAAAGAGGCUAAAGGAAUAGCGCGUGGAAUUCUGACAGCGAUCCAAGUUGGUCACAUGGGGGCUCUGGCAGCAGAUGCCAUCGGCACAGCAGUUGGCCUCACCAGCAAGUUUUUCUCAAACUUUGAAGAAGAGCUGAAUGAAUUCAAAGGAGGAUCACCAAAAGUGAGGGUUGAUGAGCUGUCUAAUUCAGACGCCGAGAUGCUGAAAGAAUUCAAGCAGGAUUUAGCCGACACCAUUAGUGCUGUUGUGGCUGACGCUUUGGUGGAAGUGUUUCACCAGAAGUUCACCAGCCACGUUGCUUCUCAUGUUCAAGGAAAAGUAAAUGGCAUCAUUGGCAGUUAUGUACGAAGUGGCUUGCAGAGUAACAGAACAGAAGAACUACUCAGAGCUGGACAAAACAAUAGAUACAUCGCACACAUGCCAGUUGACAUGAAUUCUAAACAUAAACCUGCAGGAGAGGCUGGCAAACACUCCCAGUCACAUGCUGAAAACAUAGUGAACUCCAAGACUGCGGGCGACAUCCUUGAUAUCAGAGUCCUGGCAGAAACCACUGGCACCAAAGUUAUCAUCCUAACAGAGGACAGCCAGAGCAAGCCUGUCAAAAUGCAGGAGCUGAGCCCAAGCACCAAACCUGCCAGUAGAACUGUGACACUGAUCUACAGACCAAAGAGUGACCAAUACCCAAAUGGACAUUAUGAUGUGCAAAUCAACAACCAGACAGUGAACAUAAACAACCAGGGCAAGGACUGCCUGUUUCAUGCUUUGGCACGAGGAAUGAAACCAAAGGCCAGUGAAGAAGAGAUCGCUUCAGAAGCACAACGCCUCCGAUCUGCGGAGGCUGACACUCUCCGCAGAUACCCAGGCCAAUGGGAGUCUUUUGUGGAGCGCAAAGUGUGGACUCGAUCAAUCAGAGGGGCGGACUGGUUCAUGGCAGAGGGAGCUGGCAUCAAAAAGAGGCAAAGAGCCCUAAUGAAAGAAACCAAGAAUGUUCUUAAGCACGAAACUGGUAACGUAAAACCACGUACAGAGUGGGUGAAGUACAGCAAGAACAAACCUGGAAUUGGACAGAUCUUAAAUGGAGAUCACCAGCCACCAGUACACAGCAUUAUGAAAUCUAGACAAUUGAACCAGAACAGCAAAUUAGCAAAAGCCAUGCUGGAAGUGGCAACCAAGUCUUCUCCUCUGGACAUCAAUCUGAUUCCUAAAGUGAGAAAGGAUCAUGGCCGUGAACUUCCAGUUGUUUAUGUGCCUAAAGAAAUUCAUAAUGAGUUUCCCAGUACAAAAUCAAAGGCCUUCAGAGUAUUAUUAGCCACCACCAUUAGCAAAGAUGAUGUUGUGGGAACGUUCAAACUGACAGUCCUUGGAGCAAUGCCCAGAUUCAAGUUGAAUAGCACCAGAAACUUUAACGACUUUCAGAGCAACCGCAUGAGUCAAACCAGACUUAAAGUUUUCGAAAACAGCUUUCAGCAGCACAGUAUAAAGAUGGUAGAGACGUGGUUCAACCAGCUUAAAGACAAGAGAGUCAUGACUGAUGACAAUCGUAACACCCUCACUGCAUGGAUCAACAACAAGGGCUACGACGAUCAAAAUGAUCCACACAGGGACGAAGUCUCCAGACUCCUUUAAUGUAAAGUGAACUGACAUCUGACUGGUGAACAAGAACAAUGAAAACGAUGGACAUCUUCCUCCCGUCUGAUCAUCACACAGGGACCUGCCAAGAUAGAGGAAGGAUUGUUUCAUUUUGUUUCAUUUCAAAAUUACUUUGGUUCACUAUCCGGGGGAGUCAUUACAGAAAAAAAAACAAAAAAAAAAACAAGUGGUAUUUUGUAAAUUUUCAAACAGUUGAAUUCAAAGUAGGAGAAGCUUAUGGGGCUUUAAAAUGCUAUGAACUUGGGCUAUAUUAGAAAUAUAUAUAUAAAUAUUGGAAAAAACAUAGAUUAUUGAUAUUGUUCUGUUUGACAGUUGUUGGAAACCUGAAUAAAUCAGAUGGCGUAUGCAAACAUGGACACGCCCCCAACACAGUUAUGGACCGUAAUGAAAUUAUGGGCUUUAUAUUAGCUGCUGGUCUCUUUAUAAUGGCUAUCUCUUAAGACAGCUUGUCAGCUUUAAGCAAAUAAAUGCAGAUGGGAUACGUGUGUGUGUCUGUGGAAACAGAUUGUGGAGGAUUUGAUUUCAUGCGACUAAAACAGAUAAAGCAAAUUGUGUGCAUGUUGCCUUCUACUGACACAGUAAUGAUAAACAUUUUAAUUGUUUUGUAAGGAUGUAUUGCUGUGAGUAAUGACAAUUUGUUAUUAGGAUAUUGCCAACUGCCAAUUGUAUUAAUUAUAUCAUAAUAAUCCUCCCAUCACACAGAUAGUGUUGGUUAGCCAAUGCUGAAUUAUAACAAGUUGGUGCUGUUGGUGCUGUAAACUUCAACUAUCAUUGAUUGUAAGUGAGCUCUGAUCUGAGCUCACACACACACACACACACACACUGGCACAGGAGGGAAUAUUUUAUUGUUACUGCUGUUCAAAUGAUUCAACCAGGCACAACAAAGAAUAGCCUCUGCUUGUGUGCUUUGGUUAUCAACCAUUGAUUAUCAACCACGUUUUAGAUGUCUAACUUGUUAGAUAGUUGAUUGCUGAGUCUCAUUCCAAACUUGUCAGAUACUGAUGUUUCUGGUUGGCCGAAACAGCGCAUAUCCCAUCAUCAGGUAAAAGUGAAGAGAAGUCUUGUGAAUAGUUUGAAAGGAUAUUUUGUAUUUUUCAAUAAGAGCUGUCUGGGCUUGCCAUUUCUUAAGUAUGAUUUACAAAUGAAAUUCCAAAUCAAGCAAUCAACCAGAAUGACAAAUUAAAUUAAAUCAAAGCAAGUUUGUGACGAAAAAAGCUGUGCGCUUAUUACACCUACUCUUAACAGUCAAACGUUGAAAAUGUUUUUAUACGUAAGAAAGUCCCAGUGCAGCAGUCCAAUUGUUUGAGGCUUGAUAUUUUUCUUGGUUUGUGCUGAUUUUCCCUCAUGACUAAUUGCAGGGGAUUCAGAUCACCUGUGCGUAGGUGGGGAGACUGACUCCUGAUUGAGGAGUGGAAGCAGCUUGGAGCGUUUCCCUCCCAGCCAAUCAUGUUGCAAUGACCUUUUUUAAAGGCUUAAAGGAGGUGGGGAAUAGCACGCACGUGGCUCACAGUCUGAAUCUGUCCCUGAGCCUUUGCAAACCUGAUUCCCCUUUGCCUGUCAGCUAGAAAUGCUGUUUUUUUAUUGUUUUGUUUUCUUGGCUGCCCACAACUUGAGGAAAUUAACUUAUUUGGGAACCCCUUAAAAACCCAAGCCCCUGUACACCUUCAGUUUACCUUUAUAUUCCCUGUGGCUUGUAGGUACUUGAUAAUUAUACCCAGAAAAACCAUCUGUUGAGUAUACCUGGGAGAAGUAUUUGUUUACUGGGCAUUUCCCCUUGAUUUUCAUGGGGGGUUUUUUUGUUUGUUUGUUUUUUCUUUUUAUGCAGAUUUGACUGGCCUGUAAGCAAUGUACUACCAGUAUAACAUUUUUUUCAUUUUUUUUUUAAAAAUAAAUUUUGUAUUAGUUGAUCAUCUAAAGUAUAUUUGCAUUGUAAUUUCCAUUUUUUUAUCAAUGAUUUUUGUGAACAUGCAAAAUUCUGUUAGUGUCCUCAUGCACGCUUAUUAAAGUUGAAGAAACUAUAAUUUGAUGUGGACUGAGAACGUCUUUUAUUUGUUGAAUAAGAACUGUCUGUGCUUGCCAUUUCUUAAGUAUGAUUUACAAAUGAAAUUCCAAAUCAAGCAAUCAACCAAAAUGACAAAUUAAAUUAAAUCAAAGCAAGUUUGUGACGAAAAAGGUGUGCACUUAUAUUGUUUUUCUUUUUAUGCAGAUUUGGCUGGCCUGUAAGCAAUGUACUGCCAGUAUAACUUUUUUUUUUUCAUUUUUUUUUUAAAAUAAAUUUUGUAUUAGUUGAUCAUCUAAAGUAUUUUUGCAUUGUAAUUUCCAUUUUUUUUUAUUUUUUUUUAUCAAUGAUUUUUGUGAACAUGCAAAAUUCUGGUGUCCUCAUGCAUGCUUAUUAAAGU